ACAGAGACACGAAAGAUGAAGCUUCAGUAUUCGUUUCUCUACCUAUGUAUAGUCCUGUCCACAGCCUUGUCGGACGAGACACAGCCUAAAGUUGUGGACCCAAGAGGUGCCCGUCCAGUUGAGCAUGGCUACAAGGCUGACAGCUGUGUUACAGAAAAAGAAUGGCCGAUCUGCACAGAUGAUGACUGGGGUAGAAAGUGUCCAUCUGGCUGCCGUAUACAAGGACUACUGGAAAAGACUGAUGGUGAGCUGACCAGCAAGAUCGACAAGAUUCGUAAACUGCUGGAUGAGGGAAGAAAAAUGCAUCGAUCUGCUGACCAGGUAUCCAAAGAAACCCACAACUAUCUGAGAGAGCGCCUUGUUUCCGGUUCAGAUACUGACAGCAGAUAUGCCAGUUUGGCUGAACAGCUGAGGCAGAGGAUUGUCGAGAUGAAGAUUAAAAUUGACCGUCAGAUCAAGAUGCUAGAAGCCCUGAAGGCUCAUGUCAAAGACCAGGUCAUUACCAUGCAGCGCCUAGAGGUUGACAUUGACAUCAAGCUGCGCAGCUGCAAGGGAUCUUGUGCCAGGUACGCUGAGUUCUCUGUAGAUAAGGAGAGCUACGUGGCCCUGGACAAACAGAUGGACCGCCUGGACUCCAUUCGCACGCAGAGUGUGGAGACCGUCAGCACUCUGAAAGUCAUGAAGAGUAAGCCCUUGAAGGACUUGAUCUUGCCCUCCAUCUACAAAUCUGGGGGGGAACGGGCAGAGCAAAAGCAGGCAAUUUUCCCUGACGUGGGCCAGUUGCAGCUCUCUCUGGAGUCUGUGGGAUCCUCAACGGGUUCGGCUGCCACUGUCAGCAAGGGCACGACAGGUAUGAGCACAUCCUCCUCUUCCUCAAAAGUAACCACCACGACUGUGACCUGCACCAAGACGCUGCGGAAGGUGGUGACAGAAACCAAGGACGGCAUCCAGGAAAAGUAUGAAGUAGUUGGUGGCACUGGGCCUGAGUGUGAAGCCAUCAAGGACUUGGACAUUACUGACAAAGACAUUCUGACUGCAGCCAAGGAGGGUAAAGAUCUCUCUCGUGAUGACUUUACUGUGAGAGUCAUUGGUGGAGACUCAAGGUCCAUCACCACAUUGACCCGCGGUGAUGCAGACCUGGGUGGGUUGGAUGGAGAAUUCUUUCAAGGCUUAGGCACUACUAGCCAGGAUCGUAAAUUCUCAUCUUCCUCCUCCUCUUCCUCCAAAACCAUUAUGAGUAGUGGAAGCAAAAGCUUCACCUCUAAGACAGUCCUGGUCACCCCGCAGCCUGGUGUUUUUGGGGAUGACCUAGGGGCAUUUUUGCAUGGCGAGGUGGAGGACGACUUUCCUGACAUCCACGCACGAAGUCUGAAGUCCCGCACUGAGCGCAAGGCUGAUUUUGUUGGAGGAGAUUGUGUUGAUAUCCUGCAGCACCAUGCCAAGGGUGGUCAGAGCGGCCUGUUCAAAGUAAAGCCGGCAGCCUCCGACAAGGUAGUGGAGGUUUACUGUGACCAGGCCACGGGGCUGGGGGGCUGGGCUCUGGUCCAGCAGAGGGAAGACGGGUCAGUUAACUUCAAUCGAACAUGGGAAGAGUACCGGACAGGCUUCGGAAAGGUGGAUGGGUCAGGGAGGGGUGAGCUCUGGCUCGGGAACCGCCACCUGCAUCUCCUCACUCAGAACGAUACUGUGCUGAGGGUGGAGCUACAGGACUGGCAGGAUAAGGAGGUUUACGCUGAGUACAUUGUCAGAGUGGGCCCCGAAGCGGAAGGUUUCCUGCUAAGCGUGUCAUCUUAUGAGGGAGAUGCAGGGGAUGCGCUGGUGAAGGGACAUGAUAACAUGGGUUCUUUCCUCUCACACGCAGGUAUGAAGUUUAGUACCUUCGAUAGGGACAAUGACAAGUGGGAGGAGAAUUGUGCUGAGAUGUAUGGAGGUGGCUGGUGGUACAACAACUGCCAGUCAGCCAACCUUAAUGGGGUUUACUAUAAGGGUGGGCAGUAUGAUCCUGGAAGCAAUGUCCCUUAUGAGAUAGAGAAUGGCAUUGUGUGGUUGCCUUUCAGACCAGCUGAUUAUUCCCUUAAAGUGGUUAGAAUGAAAAUAAGGCCAGUAUAA